ACUAUACAAGUAUUCUCCAGCUCACUGAGACAUGGCAACUGAUACUGCUUCAUCCUGUGUCUCUGAUAAAUUUUCCUUGAAGAAGUAUGAUGUUUUUAUCAGCUUUAGGGGUGAAGACACUCGCAACAACUUCACAAGCCAUCUUUAUGAAGCAUUCUGCAGAAAGCAAAUAAAAGCAUACAUAGACUAUGAACUCCCAAGAGGAGAUGAGAUCUCAGCAGCACUUAUGCAAGCAAUCGAGAAUUCCUAUCUAUCUGUGGUGGUAUUCUCAGAAAAUUAUGCUUCUUCAAGAUGGUGCUUGGAUGAACUUGCCCACAUACUUCAUUGCAAAAGGGUUCAAGAACAUAUUGUUAUUCCAGUAUUUUAUAAAGUUGAGCCAUCUCAUGUACGAAAUCAGACUGGCCUCUACGAGCAAGCAUUAGAGAAACAUGAGAGGGACCUGAAGGUCAACCUACACGAGAUUCAAAAGUGGAAGCAUGCUCUCAAUGAAGCUGCAAACUUAGCUGGUUAUGAUUCUCAUACAUUCAGGAUUGAAUCUGAACUCAUUCAACAGAUUGUCAAAGAUAUACUGCAAAAAUUGAAUCAUAAGUACCCACUUACUGAUUUGAAAGGCCUUGUAGGUAUUAAUUACAACUAUGCAAAGAUUGAGUUACUAUUGAGAGAGUUUCAAACCAUUGGAAUUUGGGGCAUGGGUGGCAUUGGUAAAACAACUCUUGCCAAAGCUACAUUUGUCAAACACUCUCCCCAUUAUGAAGGUUGUUGCUUCUUGGCAAAUGUAAGGGAAAAUUCUGCAAAGCAUGAUAGUGGACUUGAGGAUUUACGCUAUAAACUUCUCUCCUGUCUGCUACCAGAAGAAGAUCUCUUUACUGGAACUUUAACCUCUUUUCUUGAGUCUAGGGUUAGUCGUAAAAAGGUUUUCAUUGUUCUUGAUGCUGUUAGUACUUUAGAGCAAUUAGAGUACUUGGUUGGGGAACCUCAUUGCUUUAGUCUAGAAAGUAAAAUUGUCAUCACAUCAAGGGACAAGCAUGUGCUUAGCAAAGGAGUUGAUGUGAUAUAUAAGGUCAAAGAAUUGAAGUUCCAAGAAUCCCUUGCGCUUUUAAGCUUGAAUGCCUUCAACCAAAAUCUGCCUAUAACAGGAUAUAAGGAGUUAUCAGAAAAGGCAGUUGUUUAUGCAAAAGGAAUUCCAUUAGCUUUAAAAGUUUUGGGUUCAUUUCUUCAUGGCAAAAGUAAAAUUGAAUGGAAGAGUGCAUUAAGAAAACUUGUAAAGAUUCCCCAUGAAGAUAUUCAGAAGGUGUUAAGAUUGAGUUAUGAUGGAUUAAAUCAUGAAGAGAAGAACAUAUUUCUGGAGAUUGCAUGCUUUUUGAAGGGAAUGUUGAAAGAACAUGUGAUUAGCCUAUUGGAUGGCUAUGACUUCUAUGGAGCUAUUGGCAUAAGAACACUUCAUGAUAAGGCUCUCAUAAUUGCAAAUGAUCACAUGCCUUUAGAAAUGCAUGAUUUGAUACAGGAAAUGGGUUGGGAAAUUGUUCGUGAAGAAUCUAUCAAUGAACCUGAACGACGGAGUCGAUUAUGGGAUUGUGAAGAAGUCUAUGAUGUCUUGGCUAAUGACAAGGGCACCGAUAAAGUUGAAGGCAUAAUGUUAGAUGUGUCUCGAAUCAAAGAUAUACAUUUAAGUGCUCGCACUUUCAAAAGGAUGCCUAAUAUGCGAUUUCUCAAAUUUUUCUCUGCUUUAAACCAUCACUCAAGUCAUGUGUAUUUACCAAAAGGUCUCAAGUUCUUUCCUAACAAAAUAAAGUAUCUAGAGUGGUAUGGAUAUCCACUUAAAUCUCUGCCACCAACUUUUUGUCCUGAAAAUCUCGUUGAGCUUCACAUGCCCAAUAGCCAUGUUAAAAAGCUUUGGAAUGGAGUGCAGGAUCUUGUGAACUUAAAAGAGAUAAACCUUAACGGAUGCAAACAAUUGAAGGAGCUGCCAAAUUUCUCUAAAGCCUCAAGUCUUAAGGUAGUAUCUCUUGUUGAUUGUGAGAGUUUGCAUUACGUUCAUUCUUCUAUUUUGUCUCUUCACUCACUUGUUGAAUUGGAGUUAAGUGGGUGCAAGAAACUCAAGAGUCUAAAAACUAAGUUUCAUUUAAAAUCUCUACAAUACAUUCGGGUGGAAGAAUGCACAAGUCUCAAGGAAUUUUCAGUGUCAUCGGAAAAAAUAAGGGAGUUGAAUUUAUGCCACACUGGAAUCGAAAAUUUGCACUCAUCCAUAAGGCAUUCAAGUAAUCUGGAAGUGCUGGAUCUGGGUGGCUUAAGACUGAAGAAAAUUCCAGAACAGUUAUCAUGCUUGAGAACAUUGACAAUGGUCAGGCUUCCUAAUUGUGAAGUGCUUGAUAAUUCGAUGCUAUAUAGGCUAUUUGGUGGCAUGUUGGCUCUAACUGUAGUGUAUUUGACAGACUGUAGUCACAUAACUGAACUCCCCAAUAACACUGAACAUCUUUUAAGAUUGGAAUGUCUGUUCAUAUCGAAUUGCAGGAAGCUUCGUUCUUUACCAAAACUUCCACCAUCCAUUACAACCUUAGAUGCUUAUAACUGCAUGUCAUUAGAGAUAGUGUCAACUUUUAGGCCACUGAACGUGAGUGAAAAAUACUUCUCAUUUAUGAAUUGCGUGAAACUGAAUGAACAAUCACUUCACAGUAUCAUAGAAGAUGCCUAUUCUGUGAUCAAUAGAGCUGCUUGCGAAUUUCAGCAAGAAAGAAAGGCUAAAGGUGCUCGUAGUUUGAUUUGCUUUCCUGGACGAACAGUACCUGAGUGGUUCAAAUAUCGGACAGCAAAGGGCUCCAUGAUUAUUGAAGUCCUUCAAAAUUCAGACUUGUUGGGUUUUUCUCUGUGUGUCGUUCUUCAGUUUCACUCAGAAAAGACAUGUUAUGUUGCAUUGAAAUGUGCGUGCCACAUGGGAGAUUCUAAGGUGUCAGAUUUACCGUACAACAAUCUGUUUCUUCCAAAUAUGAAUUCUGAUCAUGUUUACAUAUGGAAGAAUGAGUUUGCUUCGGAUGAGAUAUUGAAGGUGAUUGAAAGAAUAAGAGGAAAUAAUCAAGAGUUGGUCACUGACAUAAAACUUUGCUUUGAAUUCAGUGUAGAACCUCGUUUUGGGUACGAGGUUGCUAAUAUCAACGAGGUAGUUGGUAUCAAAGAAUGUGGGGUGUGCCCAUUAUAUGUCUCUGAUUAUCAGAAAUUCUCUCUGCAAAUGGAAUUGGAGAAGAAUAAGAAGAGGCCUCGAGAUGUUGAUGAACAACCACCACUUCUUCAGUUGAAGAAACGGAAACUUUAUUAUGAUUCUCAUACCAACUCAUGUCAUGAUAUUGAGGAACUGGACGCUCUUUUCAUGACAAUUAAUAUCACUUGAAAUCCCUUCUUCAUCACCAACUCUGUUUCAUGGAGCUUCUGUUUCAUCUCAAAUUUGUUCCCAAGAUGAAACGGAAGAGACCCUCAUGCAAGUAACUUUCUUGUCAUCCAUUGCUUGAUCGGUAUUAACUCUUUCUCUCUUGCUCUCUUAUAAUUGCUUGUUCCCUUUAUUGAGCUUUUGCUAAUUUCCUGAUGAAUUAGGAGAAUUGUCCAUGACUAUCUUCUAAACUUGGAAUGAAAGUCAGCAAAAUCACCAGACAGAAAAUAAGAUAGGUCCGGCACAUUAAUCAUAGAUUGUUAAAGAAAUCUGUAAGUUAAACCAAGAUUUUUCUUAACUGUCUUCCAUUGUUAUUUUCAUCUACAAAUUCUCUCGUUUUUCUCGUCGCGGUUGGGGCAAAAUGAUGGAAUAUUAAAGAAGAGAGAUAUUUAUUGCGUGCUAGAAUCAAUAUUACUACACUGCUCAUUUAUAUAUUGUCUAUCAAACAUAGUAACAUUGCUUUAUAUAUAACUUCUUUUUCUUGGACUGCCUUCUUCGCAGGAUUUGUGUUUCGUUAUAUAACUUCGCUUUUGCAACACAUAAUUAUAUCACACAGUUUAAAAAAAUUAAUUAACUAUAUUAAUUGUACCUGAAAUUAAAGGAAUUUGAUUAUAAUAUCGUUUGUUAAUGGUGUUAAUCAAUCUUUCAUUAAUUGUUUCUUAUAAUUAUGAAUGAUAAAAUUAUAAAGAAUAAUUUAAAAAGUUUACAAUAAAUUUCUAUUAAAAAUAUAAUUUUAUUUAUAUAAAAAACAAAUUAAAAGUAAUAGAAACGAAAGGGUAUUGAUUAUUUAGGUGUUCUUGACUUCUUUCUCAUCUUAAUUUUAGUGUCAUUUUGUUGCUUAAAGUGGAGGGCUUUAUAUUUUGUUCACUGCAAUUUUCUCACUCCUUUUUCAUAUUUUGUAUUUUUCUAUUGGGGUUCUAUCCCAGGCUGAUACUAGAAAAAAGAAGGAAAUAGUUCCCUUAUCUUUGUCCAAAAAGAAAAUUACCAUUCACCCCACAUGCACCCAUAUUCAGUACAUGGUCAACUAUGGUUAAUGGGUUGUCAAUAUGGGCUCUGGAGCCCAAUACGUGUAAGCUCAAACAUUUUUGCAAGUCCACAAUGGAUUAACAGUUCUCUUUGUACUGUCGCUGUGGGUUCCAGAAAGAAAAUUAUUCUUUGCCCUGU